CUGAUGAAACACAGUUGUAGUGUACUAUAAAUAUACGCAUUAUUAUGGCGUAUAAUCAUUCUGGAUUCAUCAUUCAGUCCAUAACAAAAAUGAACAGCUUCGUUGUCCUCUUCUUCUGCAUCCAGGCUUGCCUGGUCCAGAACGCCUUCGCCAUGUGCGCCAGAGGCAUCGUGGGCCCGGCCAUCGCCGGCCCCGCUAUCGCUCCCCUUGGCGUGCCCGCCUGCGGUGCCGCUCUCGCUGGUCCCGCCCUGGCUCCCUUCGGCGCCCCCGCCCUCGCCGCCCCCGGUCUCGGCUGGGCUGGUCUGGCCGGUCCCGCCGUCGGCACCUACGGAGGCACUGGCAUCGGUAACGUGGCCGUCGCCGGUGAGCUCCCCGUGGCUGGUACCACCGCUGUCGCCGGACAGGUGCCCAUCAUCGGCGCCGUCGGUUUCGGAGGCGAUGCUCUCGCCGCUGGUGCUGUGUCGAUCGCUGGACGUUGCGGUUGCGGCUGCGGCGCUCCCUACGUUUACUAAAUUACAAAUAUUGUUUGAUUGAUUUAAAAUGAAGUAAUAAAAUUAAUUGCAUACUACAA